AUGGCGCUUCGAGCGCGAAACACCAAGCGCGCGCGACCACAAGCAUCACCUAGUAUUAAGCGCACAAGUGGCGACGACCGCUUCUCUGGGUAUUCUCGCCCAUCCGGUUUUGAAGACAGCCAACAUGAUGACCAGCCUCGUCGAAAACGCGCCAUGGUCUCGGCUGAUCUACAAUUUUUAAAGAAGAUGCCGCCGUUGCGGGACUAUCAGCGCGGCCGUUUUGGACGUCGUGGUGGCGUCGAUGGAGGUGCUCCUGAUGGUAGUAGCUCGCUUUGGAUGCGAGCGCUGGAAGAGUCAAUGGAGGAGACAAGCUUUGUAACUCGAGAAGCACCCAUUCGUGCCGCGGUGGUUGCACCUAUGUCAAUGCCUUUGAACAUAAGCUGGAACAAUAGUUCGGAAAAUAGACCAACUACGAUUUCCGGGCCUGGACGGACCGGAGUUACUGCUCCAUUACCGAGAAGCAAUAUUGCUGACGAGGACACGGUACGAAGACGACGGCUCUACGCUCUACAAGCAUUACGGGGUAGCGGUAAGGACGACGAGGCUCGACCGGCUACUGAAGGUUUGGUCUUAUAG